CUGCACCAUGUGACGAGCUAUCCGCCCACUGCGCAGAAGCAGCAGCGCGCAGCAGCUAACUAUCGUUUCACCACUUAGGUUAGCUUCUGCUCUGCGUUCCCGACAAAGCCACACCGACAUUUGGCACAAUGGCUCUCAUCUCUAUUGAAGACCUUGCUGAACUGGAUGAUGAGCAGUUGGAUGAUGAUGUCACUGACAGCUCUGAGCCAAUGGAUGAUGAAGAGCAGGAAAGGUUGUAUGCUCAUUGGCAGGCAGUGGGAAGGACACAUCAGGUUACCGUUCCAAGAGAAAUGACGGGACCAAUUAUGGAGAUGACAAGGAGGAACCAGGAGAUGGGACAAGAACGAGUUCCUUUUGCUGUCAUCUCAAGACAUGAAAAGGUUGGUGAGAUAAUGUAUGAGGAGAGGGUGUAUCCAGCAGGUAAAUGGGCUUGUAUCACUGUUGGUGAGGACCUGUAUGAGCAGAGCAUCUCUAUGGGCUUCAUGAAACUCAUGCGCUUCAUCUGCAAGGAGAACUCAGCUGGCCGUUACUUGGGCAUGACCGUGCCUGUUGUGAAUGAAAUAACGAUGCUGGAUGACGGCUCCAGCUUUGUCAAAGAUGUUCUGACAGCAUAUUACCUGCCUGCAGAGUUCCAGGCCAACCCACCCCAACCUUCUGACCCAGACAUCACCAUCGUCCACAGGGACGCAAUCAGAGUCAUCACCCGGGUUUUCUUUGGCACCACCACAGAGGAGACCAUUUCUCGGCAGAUCAGCUUGCUGUGGGAGCUGCUGGGCACACCUGAAAAUGUUCACCGCGACACCUACAUGGUGGCCGUUUUUGAGAACCCUGGGGUGCCGAGCCGUCGAAACGAGAUCUGGUUCAUUCGCCGGGACCCCUAAGAACAUUCUACUCUAUCUCCACCGCCCACCCUCACACAAACAAUCACAUACACACAUACCUGUGAUCAUCAUUACACCCCAUAAAAUGACAGGAUGGGGCUUAUUACGUAUGUAAAUAUUAUCAUCAAUAUUGACUCAGGCAGGUCUUUGAGUGAAGACUUGAUAGGUAGUGUACACAACCCAGAAGAGGAUAUAAAGCCAGUAGCACAUAAUAACUACAUAUAUACACCACAAAUACUAAAUACUAAACUACCCACUUAGAUGGCUUACUGGUUUGGUAGCCUAGUUAAUAAAGCCACAAGUAAUGAAGGGCAUGUACUUUGCACUGCUUGGAUGAUCAUUUUUCCUAAUUACAUCCUGACUCACCUUGAUGUUGCGGCAUCCAGUUAGCCCAUGAUUGUUAGUCCCCCUUGAGAUUUUUUGUUUGUUUGUUUGUUUUUUACAUAGCCUCUACUGUUUUUUUUUUUUUAAUAAUUUGUCUGCUUACAAACAUAGUUUGCAGUCUUUUUCAGUAUUUAGGAGAAAAUACUUUCAGCAUUGACAUUAAGUGAAAUACACUACUGCACAAUUAAUUGCACAGUGUGUUAGUACCAAUCAGUUCGAUCUCUGAAAUUAUAAAUGAAACCCUGCCAGUAACACACUCCAUUUAGUGAUCUUGAAACUGCAUGACAAUCAUUUCUAGUUAUAUGAAGCAGUGAUCGUCAAAUGAGUACUUUAACAAAUUGAAGGACUGUGUUUCAUUUGUGUGUUUUAUGAAUGCAUUGACCAACUUUUGCUGUUUCCAUUGGGUUUUUAAGUGUAAUGACAAACUACAGGUGUCUGUACAACUUGAUAGAUCAUGUGUUUCCAGAUUGUGCUGUGACUGUGUCUAAAUGUACUAAUCACUCUUAAGUAAUUCAUUAUUGUAAUAAAAAACAUUGGUCAUUUUUGUUAUGCUCUUGCAUCCCUAUAGAAGUGUUGAAAAAUAUUUUUCCCAAUUAAUUAUUGUAAUAAAAACGUUUGUCAUUUUUUUAUACUCUUGCAGCCCUGAAGAAGUGUUGACAAACAUUUUGGCCUACUUGUUUGGUUUCCUUUUUUAGUAAAUCAAAUUUUAGAUUCAACACUCAUUUGGAGUAUAAAGACAGUUUCUUACCCUCUGUGGCCACUAGGUGGAUAAUGCGAUCACUUUUGCAUUUGAAGUGUUAUUGUUCAUUUUUUUAAGCUUGCGAUUUUCUGGGACCACUUAGAUUUAGGUACUGUAUGGUUAUAUACUGUAUGUCGAGUGAUCUGGGGUCUUACAGUCCUAUCGUUUUAAUAAUAUUUAAUUAAUCAAUGACUUGCGCUUAUAAUACAUUUGCAUUUGUUCCUCUGCGUGUCACUUCCAUUGCUGUAUCUGUAUUUGCCACACCGUUAUUCACACUCUCGAAACCGUAUUUAAUUGUUUUAUCUCGGUGUAUUAUACAACUAAAGAUUAUUGUGAAAUAUAUGGUCUAUUUAAAAGUACAUAUCAA